AUGAUGUUAUCGAAGUUGCGGUAUAAACAACGUGAAAUUCGAGUAUUCGUUAGACUAUUAUCUGAAAAACCACCCGAAAAUGAUAAUAAGAUGCCCGAAAUUAAGCGCAGGAACAGUGAGCAGAAUGAUGAUGCGAGUAAGGAGAAAAUUCAGGAACUUUUGAAAAAGAUGAUGAUGGCACCAAAAAUAUCACAACAGGAGUAUGAAGAGAAAUUUACACUUGCUCCAGAACGAAAGAUACCAGAGCCUGGGGAAUACGAAGUAAAGACGGAGAAAAUUGAGGAGGAGAUAACAAAGGCAGCUGGUGAUGUAGCUCAAGCUAUAGGAGGUAAUGUAAAGCAGACGGAAGCUGAGUUGCUGUCCCGAGUGCUAGGAAAGAUUAACCAGACAUCAACAUCUCUUAGUGACCUGCUUGUUGGUAUGAAAGUAGAUAGAUCUAAUGAAGAUGAUAGAAUGAAGAGACCGGAAACGAGAGGUCAACAGGUGAAGCGUAUGGUGCAGAGAGCACAGGCUCAGCCCAGAGAUGAAAAGCAACCCCAGCCCCAGCGAAGACCACAGACAGAUAGGGAGAGGAGGCCAGCACAGAGUACAUCACAACCCGUUAGUGUCAACAUUUUUGGUGGUGAACCAUUAGGUAUUUUUAAGCCGGGUACACAAACCAAUUAUGGGACGAAAUUGGAUGUAUGGGAACAACUUAACCAGCGCGAGCUGACAUUGGCAACCUCUCAACCACCUGCAAACUACUUUGAGAAAAUGAUACUUUGGACGGAGCAGGGGAAAGUUUGGAAGUUUCCAAUAAAUAAUGAACAAGGCAUGGAGGAAGAAGAAAACGUUCAUUUCUCAGAACAUAUAUUCCUCGACGCGCAUCUGGAAGACUGGUGUCCUACACGUGGGCCCAUCAAACAUUUCAUGGAGUUAGUAUGUGUGGGUCUGUCUAAGAACGCUUUCUACACAGUACAGGAAAAACGAGACCACAUACAGUGGUAUAGAGAAUAUUUUGAGUCCAAAAAGGAUUUACUUACUGAAGUUGGGGUAUGGGACAUUAAACCCACGCAACCUAAUGUUUAA